CUCCCUCCCCAGCCCCCGGCCUGCGGCCGAUCAUGCCGCCAGAGACGCCCCUCGCGGCCGGGAAACGGUAGCCCGGGACGGUUGGCUCUCGUUACUCCUCUUCUCUCCGCCCCGCCGAACCCCAGGGAGAAGCGCCACCCCGCCGCCGUCUGCGGCUAGGACGCAAAGAGCGAAGUCGGCGCCGCCUGGGACGGGGGGAGUGGAAGUUCCCGCCCCGGGCAGCGGCCAGGCGGCUCCGCAGCUGAUUAUGGAAGAUUCCCACAAGAGUAAUACUCCAGAGACUGCACCUCAGCCUGGCUCAACAGUUCAGGGGACUCACAUUUCUCAGAUAGCCCAUCAGGUGUCAUCUUUAUCAGAAAGUGAGGAGUCUCAGGACUCAUCUGACAGCAUAGGCUCCUCACAGAAGGCUCACGGGAUCCUGGCCCGGCGCCCAUCUUACAGAAAAAUUUUGAAAGACCUCUCUUCUGAAGAUAUACGGAGCAGAAAAGGAGACGGAGAAAAUCCUGGCAUUUCUGCUGUCACUUCUAUGUCUGUUCCAACUCCCAUCUAUCAGACCAGCAGCGGACAGUACAUUGCCAUUGCCCCCAACGGAGCCUUACAGUUGGCCAGUCCAGGUACAGAUGGAGUCCAGGGACUGCAGACAUUAACCAUGACAAAUUCAGGCAAUACUCAACAGGGUACAAUCCUCCAGUAUGCGCAGACUUCAGACGGACAACAGAUCCUCGUCCCAAGUAACCAGGUGGUUGUGCAGACUGCAUCUGGAGAUAUGCAGACCUAUCAGAUCCGCACCACACCAUCGGCCACUUCACUGCCACAGACUGUGGUGAUGACUUCUCCUGUGACUCUUACGUCUCAGACAACAAAGACAGAUGACCCCCAACUGAAAAGGGAAAUACGGCUGAUGAAGAACAGAGAAGCUGCCCGAGAGUGCCGCAGAAAGAAGAAAGAGUACGUGAAAUGCCUGGAGAACCGUGUGGCCGUUCUGGAAAAUCAAAAUAAAACUCUCAUAGAAGAACUAAAAACUCUGAAGGAUCUUUAUUCUCAUAAAAGUGUUUGAUUCUUUAAAGAGAAAGUAUUUUUUAUGGACUUGCUUAAAAAUUAGGUGGAUUUAUUUUUUAGUGGAGUUUUAUAAAUUCAAAGGUCAAAGAAGCUACUUUGUAUUAGAUUUUACAGUGCGAAGGUGACAGAGGGUGAGUGGGAAUGUGGCCAUGUGGAAGCUGCCGACACAGCUGGAAGCUGGGGGAAAGUGCUCAAGGGACGGACUUCGGCAGUUUUACAAUCCAACCAAGAGUGGCCAACAGCGUUGGUAAAGCAGUCAAUUCCCACUGUUUCUAUUUCUUACUGUUGAGAGUGUGUGUGUGUGUGUGUGUGUGUGUGUGUGUGUGUGUGUGUGUGUGUGUGUGUGUGUUCCUGCCAAUAAAUUCUAAAUUACAAAUAUAAAAGAAAGCAUAAUACAUUACUAAGUAUGUAAAUUAUGUGGUCUGAUUGUUCCUUGUCAUGUUGUCAGCUGUGUUAAAUGAGUUGUAACAGUUGGUUUUGUUGGACUUGAGGGAUUUUGAGAAGUUUUAAACAGGCGCAGGGCACACAAUCUGAGUAUGGUGAUUUGUAACAUUUUUAUCAGAAUGGAAAGAAAACUGUCCUGAAGAUUUGACAGUUUAGUUUGUUUUUUGCUUCCAGAAGGUAAGGGCAGUUUCUCACAAGGAUAUAAUAAUUUGUUUGAUUCUCUAACCUGUAUGCAGUUGAAGAGCAUUGCUUGUGCUUUAACAGAAUGAAGUGUUUACAGAAGCCCUUAAGGUAACUUAAAUAACCUGAAGAUGCAUACCAAAGCUUCCCAGAGGAUUGAUAAUCAUCUUCCUGUAGUUUGUCAGGUUCUAAAAUAGUUAUUGAGGCAAUUUUACAUUGAGACUAUUUUGUAAUGUAGCCAAUGGUACCUUUAUCAGAGAAGUGACUGCCGAUAUAUUUUUAUAGUGAAUCUUUAUAAAUUCUAAUGUUGAGUUUUUAAUGAUUAUUUUAAAUGUUUAUAUAGUUUAGUAAAAAAAAUAAUUUGUAUCUCAAAUUAUCAUUUUUAUAUUACGAGAAGAGUAAAGUUUUCAAUUGGCUGAUAUCUGAAUUGUACUUUUUCUAUGAAGUUUAUCUAAAGUUCAAGCUGUGGUCAGUACACCAGUGUUUAACCUCUGUAUUCUAACCUGUAUACACUUUGAAACUGUACUGCAAAACUGUUGUGUGCCUAUAUAGUAUGUUUCAUAUUGUCUAUGAAAUUAAAGAAUAUUUGAUAAGA